GAGGGAGACGAUGAGCGCAAACACCGCUCUCUACCGGGCGAUGGCACAGAGAGCAGCGACUGUACAGGCCACCGCUUGUUUCAGGUUGUCACGGCAGCAUCUUUAAAAAAGCAGGGCUCCUCUCGGACACUCUUCAGCAUCGCUCGUUUAUUUCGCGCCGUUAUUUUGGAGAGAAGCACCAAAGCUACAGAGAAUCAGAAGGAGCCACUUUCUCCGGCUCGACUCAGGAAGCGCAGCCACUAACAGGUAUCCCGGAGGAGGAAGGAGGAGACCGGGUUAUCUAAGGAUUCUAUUUAUGAAGUAAAUAAAUACAGCCAAGACUUCCAUUGCUCGGGAACUAUAUUUUAAGGAGGAUUUAAUUUCUACUUGGAGGUAAACAGAACUAGCCCAACACACAGAGACGCAUUCGGAGAAGAGGAGAGAGCCAGCUCAGAAAUGGAGGUCGCAGCGGCCGAUCAGUCUCGGUGGAUGGCGCACCAUCACGCUGUGCUGAACGGCCAGCACCCGGACUCUCACCACCACAGUCUGAGCCACAACUACAUAGAACCAAUGGCGCCUUUACUGCCCCAGGACGAAGUUGACAUGUUUCUGAACCACUUGGACUCUCAAGGGAACCCGUACUACACCAACUCACGGGCAAGGGUCACCUACAGCCAAGCACACGCUCGCCUCACUGGGAACCAGGUUUGUCGACCACACCUCAUCCAUAGCCCCGGCAUUCCCUGGUUAGAUCCGGGGAAAGCGGCUCUGUCCGCUGCCCACCACCACAACGCAUGGGCAGUCAGCCACUUCACCAAACCUGGCUUGCACCCCACCGGCUCCGGCUACUCGUGCAGCAGCAGCACCGGCACGGCUCCGGUGUCGUCGCUCACUCCGGCGUCCCACUCCAGCCCGCACCUCUACAGUUUCCCCCCUACCCCUCCGAAAGACGUGUCUCCGGACCCCGGACCUACAUCUCCGACCUCCACCUCGACCAGGAUGGACGAGAAAGAGUCGAUCAAGUACCAGGUGCCGCUGACGGACAGCAUGAAAAUGGAGAGCUGUAGUCCGCUCCGCAGCGGCCUGGCCUCUAUGAACAGCCAGGCCGCGGCCACGCAUCAUCCCAUCCCGACAUACCCGGCAUAUCCUCUGCCUACACCCCACGAGUACAGCGGCAGCCUCUUCCACCCCGGCAGUCUACUCGGCGGGUCCUCCUCCAGCUUUACGCCUAAAUGCAAAAGCAAAGCCAGGUCGAGCUCAGAACUAUAUGCAGAGGGUCGUGAAUGUGUAAACUGUGGUGCCACCUCCACCCCUCUGUGGCGACGGGAUGGUACCGGCCACUACCUGUGCAACGCCUGCGGACUGUACCACAAGAUGAACGGCCAGAACCGACCACUUAUCAAGCCCAAACGUAGACUGUCCGCAGCCAGACGUGCAGGCACCUGCUGUGCAAACUGCCAGACCACCACCACCACCCUAUGGAGGCGCAACGGGAACGGAGACCCGGUGUGUAACGCCUGCGGCCUUUACUUUAAACUGCACAAUGUCAACAGACCCCUGACCAUGAAGAAAGAAGGCAUCCAGACACGCAACCGCAAGAUGUCCAGUAAGUCCAAGAGGAACAAGAGAGCAGGGGACGGCUUUGACGAGUUAGCCAAGUGCAUGCAAGACAAGGCCUCUCCCUUUGGCGGUGCACCCGGCCUCACCAGCCACAUGACCCACAUGGGGCACCUGCCCCCCUUCAGCCACUCGGGACACAUGCUGCCUACUCCCACGCCCAUUCACCCUUCAUUUGCUCACCCCCACCACUCCAAUCGCUCGCCAGUCUGGGCUGAGCCACACUGAGGUCACUCCAGACCAAGAACUGCUCUGCCUGCAGGAGCCACCACAUCGCCAUUAACACUAAAUUACCUCCACAUCAUGUCGAAAAUGGAGCAGACUUCUUGCAUCAUGUACAGUGGCUGGAUGGGGAGGGACUUUCAGUUGGAGUUAAUGACUGAAGGUCGUGUUAUGCCUGCCCUCACUGAUGGGGUGCUGUAGAAAGCAAGACUUCAGCGGGGUCUGUGAGGAGCUAAUGUAACAAGGGGUUUGUUAGUCCCUGGGCUUGCAGGAAUGGACUGAAUGGAGACGCUUGUCAUUAUUUUUGCUUAUUUUUACUAAGUCACUUUGGUACCCACCUCUCUUUGACCCUGUUACAAGAAUCUCAUGAGAGGUCUUUAAAAGAACCGCUGUUUUCACCUCACGACCAACUCGUUACAUGCUGAUAAAUGUGCCCCCCUGUUCAUCCCUAGGCUGUCCUACACAACUGCUGUGGACAGGCAGAAAGAAAGACCGGCUGAGAGCUACAGCACCUGUACACCUCUGUUACACACCAGUCACGCCCAGACUACAGUGCCCCCCAGGCAGUGCUCUCCUCACAUGCUGGAGGAGACCACCACACACCACCACAACGCUCACCUGUUUUUAAUAAUGAACUUUUAUGGAAAAAGACGUAGCAAAUAGAGUGUUUAUAAAUGAUUAAUUGCUAUUAUUGUUGUUAUAUUUGAUGUUAUAAUUAUUGCUACCAUAAUUUAUUUUCAUUCUCUGAGCUUUCGUCAAAGACACAUGGAAACUGUCAUGAUUUUAAUUUCAUGGUUAUUACGUAAAGAAAAACACUGACCUGUCUUAGAUAAAAAAAAAGUC